CUUAUUUGCACCAUCUAAGUCCCGCGCUGACAAUCCUCCACUUACAUCCCUAAGGACGAGUAUCUGCUCUGCAGAAUCGAUAAAGGUUUCUUGUUAGGUGAGCCGGUGAAUCUGCAGUCAUGUGUGACCAGACAUUCAUAGCGGCCACUUUUGGCGCCUGUGACGGCUGCAGCAAAGCCAGUCCCUUGAUGAACAUCUACAUCAAGAGCGAGGCCAUCAACUACUGCUCCCUCUGCGUGGAACUGAUGGCCUGCCAGGGGCUCCAGAAAGGGGAAACCCUGGUUUCCCUGAAGAAGGAGAGCGACAGCCUGAAGAAGAAGCUGGAGGAGGAGCGGGGCAAGCUCAACGACAUCGAGCUGCACCAGGUGGCUGAGAAGGUGGAGGUCUUGAGUGCUCUGUCCAUAAAAACCAGACGUGUGCUGAAGGGUCACAGUAACAAGGUGCUGUGCAUGGACUGGUGCAAAGACAAGCGUCGCCUCGUCAGCUCUUCACAGGAUGGAAAGGUGAUCGCGUGGGACGCUUUCACUCUAAAUAAGGAGCACGGUGUGACUCUGCCAUGUACGUGGGUUAUGGCGUGUGCGUAUGCUCCCUCAGGCUGUGCUGUGGCUUGUGGCGGGUUGGAUAACAAGUGUUCAGUGGUUCCGCUCUCGCUAGACAGCACCGAAAACCUGGCUGCAAAGAAGAAGUCAGUGGCCAUGCACACCAACUACGUAUCAGGAUGCACCUUCACCAACUCUGACAUGCAGCUCCUGACCUCCAGCGGGGAUGGUACAUGUGCGUUGUGGGAUGUUGAGAGUGGGCAGCUGCUGCAGAGUUUCCACGGUCACACGGCGGACGUUUUGUCCUUGGACCUCGCCCCAUCGGAGACCGGAAACACUUUUGUCUCUGGGGGCUGUGAUAUGAAGGCUAACGUGUGGGACAUGCGCUCUGGACAAAACAUUCAGUCCUUCGAGAGCCACGAGUCUGACAUCAACUGUGUAAAGUACUACCCCAGCGGAGAUGCAUUUGCAUCUGCUUCAGAUGACGCUACGUGCCGUUUCUAUGAUUUACGAGCUGACCGUGAAGUCGCCGUCUACCAGAAGGACAGCGUUAUAUUUGGUGCCUCCACUGUGGACUUCUCUCUGAGUGGUCGUCUGCUGUUCGCUGGCUACAAUGACUACAGCAUAAACGCGUGGGACGUUUUGAAGGGAACUCGCGUUUCCGUCCUGUUUGGUCAUGAGAAUCGUAUCAGCAGGGUCAGAGUGUCACCUGAUGGCACGGCGCUGUGCUCGGCCUCCUGGGACAACACGUUGAGGAUUUGGGCCUAAAAUUGUCCCCGUGGUUGGAAACCAGGACUGCAGCAUCGUGAGAUGAUCAAUAUUUAAAGUUCCUGCCUGGGAUUAACACUACUGCAAGAGUAUGCUGACGCAAGCUCUCAAUUUUAAACAAAACCACAAACAUUUCUGAAUGAGAAUGUGAAAGUAUUCAUUCAAACGGAUUGUUGAAGAACGAGAUACUCUGUUUCUGUUGGCUUCAUGGCUUAUGUGUCAUUAAUAUUCUAGUGGCAUAAAUAAUUAUGUGGGCAAAAAGACAAUAGCCUUUUAAAUGUAUAAGUAUUUUUAAAUUGCUCCUUUGGGUGUCCAGAUAAUCACAGUGAAAGCUAUGCAUUGGUUUGAGAGACACGCCUGUCCAGAAUUGUGCUAUAGAUGCAUACAAUUACACUAGUUUGUCGUAACGACAACCGAGUACAACUUUCAUAUACUACAGCGGAUCAGAUUAGUUUGUAAAGAGAAAUAAAGAGUUUUUUUUCCAGAA